AUGUCAAAGUUAGUAUCAGCCGCUUUACGUGCCAAUUUGGCCAAGAAAUUACCAUCUCAAGCUCCCAAACUCAGAAGCGAUGUCCUUUUCCGUUCAUCAUCUGUUUUGAAGCCGUUAAUGAUUACUGUGGCCACAAGAUCAUUUCAUCAGUCUCCUAUCAGCUAUGACCAAUCAGCCGAGUCCGGUUUGAAUGAAGUCUUACAAUCUGAAAGCAAAUUGAUUGAAACAGUGCCUAAUACUCUUGAUGCUACAUAUGAGAAAUACUUGAAAGAAAAAGGAUUUGAAUUGAUUUCUAAACCAGGUACGGCAAAUGUCGAAUUGGUUAAAACUGACCCAGAAACAGGAAACAUUAUCCAUGUCUAUUUUGAUAUUGACGAAGUCACCGAUAUUCCUACUGAAGAUUUAGAAGCUUUAGAGAGCGGAGAUUUAGAAGAAGAAGCAGAUUCAUUAGACCAAAUCUUGUGUAAUGUAAAGAUUCUUAUUGAAAAUCAGUCUAAGAAUACCGGGUUGUUUUUGAACCUUUUCUUACAGAAUACCGAAUCGUCGUUUAUGAUUGAUUUCGUUAAUGUCCAAAAUGACGUAGCCCAGUUCAUGAAGAACAUAAAUGAGAAUAAUGAAUUUAUCGACAAAUUCAAUUAUCAAGGUCCCAAAUUUGGAGAAUUGGACGAAAGUUUGCAAACUGAAUUUGAGAACUAUUUAGUGGCAAAAGGUGUGGAUAACGAUUUGGCUGAUUUUAUCGUUGCUUACAGUGAUUUCAAAGAAGAAAACGAAUAUAGACUUUGGGUUAAAGCUGUUUCAAAAUUCUUGAAUUGA